AUGACAAACACAGAUGCAAUUAAAAGUGCAACGCCAAAAUCAACUCUCGGCAAACGUGCCGCUAAGAAAAUCUGGAAAUUAUUAACUGUAAAUACGCAGCCUGAUAAUGGUGAUGGCGGUGGUGCACAUGACAUUCCCACCACAACGCCUGCGCGAAUUGUGCAUGGCUCGAAGGCAUGUCGUGACAUGACGUCGGCACCAGUGCCAGACACCUUCGUUAAUGAUAAGGCCUCCACAAUAUCCCUUUCCACCAAAUACUCUUCCACGAAUUCAUCCUCGACUCUUGAUUCCAACUCUCAAAAGUCCGUGUGCACACUUAAUGAGGCUGCCAAAUUAUUUCCACGUAAUAUGCCCAGCAUCAGGCGUAGUCGUCGGCGUCUGCAACAGAACGGCGGCAGUGGCACGCAACGUGCCACAAGUCGAGAGAAGUCAGCAACAGGCACUGCAGCAGGCACAACCGCAAAAGCAAUUUUCAAUGCCUCACAAAAAAGUGCCUUUGCCAGGGUUUCCCAAACACAUAGUGUUCCGACCAUAAAUCCCAAUAAAUCAUUAUCCAAAAAAUCCAAAACUAACUGUUCUAAGCAUCAUCGUACCAGUAACACGGCAUCCAAAACCACAGCAGUUACACAGAGCUUGCCACAAAAGAAAUGCUCGAAAACUAGUCAAAAUCGAAUAAAUGAAAAGUCCAGUAAUAAAAAAUUAACCAAACACCAGGCAAAAAUUCAUCAUGCUACUCCAUCAUCAGUAGCGUCAGCCAUGACAUCAAAAUCAUUGCCACAGCCACAGCAGACCAAGCUAACGCCCAAAUUGUCUCAAACGCAUUACCAAUGCACCGGCACCAGAACGAGCUCCAGCACCAGCGAUGUUGACGCCAUGCAUUCGCAACAAUCCAGUCUGAUCAGCUAUGAUCUGAGUUGUACUACCAGCCAACAGAGCAUCAUUACCAAUGACAACAGCAAUGUUGGCCACAAACUUGUCCCGAACAUGUCAGAUGACACAAUUCUAUCAUCGGGCAUUUCAUGUCCCAGUGAAACACACUCCGAAGCGAGUGCCACCGACUCGCCAACGUUCCAUCAAACGCCUGUCAUACAUCAGACGGUGGCUAAAGCAUUUCAAUACAAUCAACGACAUAAUCUUGUCAUGGACGAUAAUCCAGACGAAGAUGCACUUAUUUCAUUGGAGCUGGAAAUGAUAACUGGUCGCUGUGCCGGUGAACAGGACAGCAGUGGAUUGCUAGCCAAAAAUACAAUUGCUACUUCUUCUUCGUCGUCGUCUUCUUCUUCUCCUUCGCAAACGACAGAACCUUCUACGAAGGUGUUGGGUUUGCAAAAUUUGAAUAGAUGUCGCAACCGCAAUGCUGUCUGGAUGCAUGCCACCGUUAGCGAUGAUCAACAGCUAAGUGACAUCGAAGAACAGUUACAGAAAAUUCAAAUAACGCCACACACCGGCAUUUGUGACUGCUUAACUCAUCAUUCGCCCUGGCAGAGUACAGCAGCGGGGUGUAUGUUGAGCAUGAAUCAACCGCCUUAUUUGUUGGCUUGUGCCCCGCAGGCAUGUGAAGAAUACCAGGGCAAACGGAAGGCUUUAACCGGCAAUGCGCUCAAUAUCAGUAAGACAAACACCACAGAUUAUUUACAGAAGUUGCAAGCUGGGCUGAAUGGAUGGUUGGCUGGAUGGCUGGCUGGUUGA